UUUACUUAUGAGACGAGAUUUCCACCAUAUUUUGGUAGCAGGUGCUCGAUGACACCUUCUGAUUCAUCGAUAAUGACACUGUCACCUUUAUCAACGUACUGAAUAACGGAUCUAUAGUAAGCAGAAUAUUGGUUGUAUUUGCAUUAGAUGUGCUCGUCGUGCGUAAGUAAUGGUCAAGACAUAAUUCAGGAAAAUCGGGUCGACCCUGACCGCAUGAAAUUAUUUCAGGGAAAACCGCCUACUCCAUAUCAUAGAUAUAUAUAAUAUACAUUCGACACAACUGACAUUCCAAAAGUGAGAGCAGAGCUGACAUCGUCACGAUGAAGAAACUUUUCUCGAAAAUUGACACAGGUCAACAAAAUCCUCAUGUUGGAAAAGUGUUCAAUGUUGGAAGAUUUAGCUGUACAGUUGAAGAUGUCAUCGCUGAAGGAGGAUUUGCUAUCGUGUUCCUGGUGAAGGCUCAGAAUGGUAAUCACUAUGCUCUGAAGCGUCUGUUUGUGAACAAUGAUCAGGACCUGACAGUGUGUAAGAGGGAGAUUCACAUAGCGAAAACAUUAUCAGGCCAUAAGAAUAUCAUCAAAUAUGUAGAUUCCAGUAUAACAGUAACAACCAACCGUGUGUACGAGGUGAUGAUUUUAAUGCAAUAUUGUAGAGGUCAUGUGAUACAAUUAAUGAAUGAUCGAUUGAAUGUUGGAUUUUCGGAGAAGGAGGUAUUACGUAUUUUCUGUGAUGUGUGUGAAGCAGUAGCAAGACUACACCAUUGUCAAACACCUAUAAUUCACCGAGAUUUAAAGGUAGAAAAUAUACUUAUAUCUGACAGUAGUCAUUACGUGCUAUGUGACUUCGGAAGUGCUACAGCUAAAGUUCUUGAUCCAAGUCAACAAAACGUUUCACAGAUAGAAGAAGAGAUUCAAAAAUAUACAACAUUAUCAUACCGGUCCCCGGAGAUGGUAGAUCUCUACAAUGGAAAACCAAUCACGACUAAGGCAGAUAUAUGGGCAUUAGGUUGUAUGUUGUACAAGUUGUGUUUCUUCAUCUUACCCUUCGGAGAAAGUACCUUGGCUAUACAGAGUGGCACCUUCACCAUACCUGAUAACUCCAGAUACUCCAAUGGACUUCAUGCACUUAUAGCCUACAUGUUGGAGGUAGACCCUGUGAAAAGACCAGAUAUAUUCCAAGUGACAUAUGUAGCAUUUAAACUAGUAGGACGUGAAUGUCCUGUAGCCAAUAUGUUUAGUUGUAAAACCCCAGACAUUGCCAAGCUUACACUGCCUAUGACAGAGUCAGAAGCAAGACAAGUGAAAACAGCCACAUACAAGACUGUGUCAUCCUCAGCUAUAGAGAGUACAACAGUCACUCCACGGUCACGACCGAAGGGACAAGCUAUUCCACAGGGGGCCACUUUAGGGCUGCCCUUACAGACAUCAGUUGCCCCACGUAAACGGCCGACUCCGACACAAACUCCUAAUACAGAUAUAUCACAAGCUAGUUCCAGUCACUUACCCCAAGCAACACCAGCUCAAACAUCCAGUAGACCUAGUCAGCAGCAGCAGCAACAACAACAACAGGUGUAUGGUGCAAGUGGUCCAACACAGGAUCAUUACAACCAGGCAUCAAGUCAGUACAACUCAGGGAUGCAGGCUCAGUAUCCUCAAAACCAACAGCAGUACAUGGCUCAGCAAAAGGCUAUCCAGCAACAAUUGUACACACAACAAAUGUACAAACAACAACAGCAACAACUUUAUAUGCAACAACAACAGAUACAACAACAGCAGCAGCAACAACAGUAUAUACAAAGUCGUCAACAUCAACAAAAUUUACAACAAAGCCUGCAACAACAACAACAACAGCAGCAGCAGCAACAACAACAACAACAACAACAACAACAACAACAACAACAACGGUUAAACAUGGCUCAGCAAAGAGCAAUGACUCAUUCCUAUCAUGAUGGCCAAUCCGUUAUGCCAGCAGCCAUACACAGUAGUCACAGUAGUGAGGCACUCUUCACCAACUUCUCAGACAAUUUCCAUCGGGGAGAAACAACUGCUGCUGAGGAAUGUGUGUAUAACUCUAAUGUCGAUCAGAACAAUAGGUCAGGCCGCCACUCCAGUGAGGACAAUUUUAAAAUCCCUAGCACUUCUCAUUCUCGACAAAAAGUCAGUCAGGGCAAAAAUUCCGAUGCUCAGCCACUGAUAUCUAUAACACCACCUCUGUCACCAAAGGUUGUCAAGAGUCACCGUAGAAACGUCAGUGAUACGUCUUACGUAACCAUGGGAGGAAAGGGAAGUGCCUUCAGGUUGGUCAAGGGAAGAAACUACCAAGGAAACCUAUUGUCUGCACCACUACAAGGAAAGUCGAAGUCUGCAACAACAUCACCAGUACAUUCCUCACCCAGGUCACCAACACUAACAAGAGCUGUAUCAGCUGAUAUAUCUGACUGGAACCCUUUUGAUGAUAACUUUGGUGUAGAUACAGAAGAGGAAAUAUUUGGCAAGGAAUUUGAUAAGCUAAGGCGGGGCUCCAAUAGUAGUAUAUCCAAUGUCAAGAGUAGAGAAGACCUUGUCAUGUCAGGCUCAGAUUCUUCAGAUCCCUUCACUAGUGCACCAUUCAAAAAACCAGGUAGAGCAGGGCCAGGCAGUUCCCACCACCGGAGCACCUCCAGCACAUCCAACUCCAGUUAUGGAGAGGAAGAAAAUGAUGAAAAAUCCAAUGGAAAACAAGACAGGAAGGAACCCAAGGAUACUGUUAACCAGGAAACAGAAUCACAUGACUUCUUUGGUGCUUCUUUAGUAAAAGCCGCAUUGAAUCGGGCAUCACGGUACCAACAACUGGUUGACACCGAUGAGGACAGUGAAGAGAAAAAAGUCUCCAAACCAAUAGAGCCCCAGGCUAAACCUUCCAAAGAACAGGCAGAGUCCAGCUCAUCAUAUGCAGAAGAUGACCACCCUGAUGUACAUGUAAAUAGAAAUGCUAAAGACUUCAGUUACAAGGAGUUAGAGGACGAGUAUGGCAGUCGACCUGUGCCUGCUACAUCGGCAAAUAAACCACGUGAGGGACACCAGGGGGCACCACAAGAGUUCAACAGCCGGCGUUCUGUGGGGCGUGAAGUACCGCCAGGUACAGAUCAGAGAAACAUGAAUUCAUCAGACAGGAUUGUAGGUCAUGAGUAUGGUGUACGGCCACUUUUAGAUGAUGAUGAGUUAGAGGAUUCAUAUGGAAUGCAGCAUCACCAUGGUAACUCAGAGACUGGCUAUUCACAUGAUCAUGAUGACAGUACCCCCAGCAGUAAUAGCACGGUAUCCCCUAACAUGCUGGGUAGUCCUUCUCUGUCCCCGUCUAUGGAGACCGGUUCAUCAGAUCCAUUUGCUUCCGCACCAUUUAGGAAGAAGCAGACAAGAAAAAAGCGUCCAUCUAGUGCUGUUAUGCCAAGUAAACCAGCUGGAAACCCAGAUAUAUUUGCCAAGGCACCAUUCAAACCAAAGUUUAUGACAAAGUCCAAGACUCACCAAUCUAUAGGAAGCCCACUCCUUCAGAUUGACAAACCUGGCGAGGCCCAAGCAGGGGAGUCAAGCAAUGGGGAUAUAUUUGGCAAGGCCCCUUUUAAAAUAGCUCCUGUAACAAAACCAAAACAAUUGACACACGAGUUGUCUCCCCCUUGUGAGCCAGUGUCAUCUGUGGGCCUAAGCUCUGAACAGGCCAAACAAUCUGUGAUAGUAUCCACUCCCUCCUUCAUGCCACCCAACCCUAGACAGUUCUACUCCAUGUCCCUCACCACGUCCCACUCUGCCAGUGUACAGGCACCUGUGAAAGAGCCUCCCAAGGAACACUUCGCCGUCUCUGAUCCCUUUGGGGCAGUGCCAUUCGGUCAUAUGAGAAUGAAUAAAAAGGCUGAUGAUGUACAAACAAGUAAUGUGAAAAAAUCUCAGUCGUUUGGUUAUAAUCCCAGAAACACAGUAUCUAAACAGACACAGGAUGUGAGGCAAGUAUCUGGUGGUAGUGAUGUCGGUUACCAAUCCCUCAGUAAUGAGGAGAUUAAAUUUCCAGACUCUAUCUCCCCCGGGCACCAACAUGCUGAGGACUAUUUAUUGAGCAGGGACAGUGAUGAUGAGGAUGAGCAGGAUGAAGAAGAAAACCUUAGUUCCAGUUUUCAGCAUUCCAGAGGUCGCAGCAAACCUGUGCGGCGGAGCCCAAGAGAUACUGUUCCUACAUCAGGAUUCGCAAACAUGAGUUUUAAUGAUGACGAUGAAGGAGGUGACCCUGAUGGGGUUCACGCUCAGGGAUACAUGGGACAGGACUUGAGUAAAUGUAUGGGACAGAGUUUACAUGUGUCAAGUAUUCGUCAUCCUGCAUAUACCAAGGAGUCUAUCUCACAUGUAGCAAAUGCUUCAACAGAGGCAAUGAAGGUGAGCUCUGGUGGAUACGACACCUUCACAUGGCCGAGGAAACAACGCAAGAUUCCCAGCAUGGCCACUAACGAACCAUUUAGUUCCAAAAAGAAAGUAGAUGUGGUAUCAAAGUGAUAACAAAGAUAGAUUAAAAGCACAUUGUAAUAGCCAGCAAAGACAAACGUUCUACACAAUUUAAUCACCAGCAAAGACAGAUUGCACAUUGUAAUAGUCAGGUUAUGAUUUCGGUGAUUCUAAAAAUUUUAAUCUGUAUGUGUACAUGUACCAGAAAAACUAGUUUAAAUUCCAUGAAAGUUUGUGUUGUUUACACAGACUUGUAUUAGUUAUCAUUGAUAUUUUUUGUAUGAUUUAUGCUUAUUUUACGAUGCAAAGUUGUGCAUUCGAUAUAGUUUCUAGAUCACCUGUACAUCUGAUACAGUUACUACAUCACCUGUACAUCUGAUACAGCUACUACAUCACCUGUACAUCUGAUACAGUUACUACAUCACCUGUACAUCUGAUACAGUUACUAGAUCACCUGUA